GAUUCCCAUUUCAUUGCCAUCCUUACUGCCAAGGCUCAUGGCUAUCCUCUUGCUUACAACAUAACCAGAAAAAACAACUAGCCGAACAUCUGAUAUACCGAGCCAUAAAAAUUUGGAGUUGUGGCCCAUUGAGAGACUUUGAAGCUUCACCUUCUCUCUUCGACGAAUUCAGUCAGCCUCAUAGCCGUCCAUAACAGUGCACAAUUUGCACAUCGGCUAACAAUGGCGGCGUAAAACUCCUGUUGACAUUUCCAAAUUCAUCUCUACUCAAAUUCAGCCAUCAGUUCUCUAUUCCUCUACACUCCAAUUUCUCAGAUUGUUAGCAUUAAAAAACUCAUCAAGAUAUGUGGGUUUCUAGAUUUUCUGGUCUGGGAGCUCAUGCUAUCAGGAGAUUGACUCAAGGGAAGUAUGCUCUCGUGCCAAGGACUCCAUAUAUGCAUGUUUCUUCUUGCCGGAUAAAAUCUCCUCUUCAGCUUCCUCCCCAGACACAUCGAUAUCGUUUUACCACUUCUGCUACUGAUUCUUGCGAGGAUGGAAAUGAAGAGGAGCAAACAAUAAAUGUAACCUUUGUUGAAACGGAUGGAACACAGAAACACUCUAAGGUUCCCGUUGGGACUAACAUGUUGGAAGCUGCUCUUUCAAAUGACAUUGAACUAGAAGGAGCAUGUGAAGGAUCUUGUGCAUGUUCCACAUGUCACCUUAUAGUGGCGGAUGUGGAUUACUACAACAGACUGCCAGACCCAACUGACGAAGAAAAUGACAUGCUAGACCUUGCCUUUGGACUUACGGGAACGUCUCGUCUGGGUUGCCAAAUCGAAGCAAAGCCUGAAAUAGAUGGGAUUCGUUUUGCUCUGCCUGGAGCCACCAGAAACUUUGCAGUUGACGGGUACAAACCGAAACCACAUUAGAUGGAUUUACAUGUUUUGAUGACCCUGAUACAGAGGUAUUACAACAGAUUUAGUUGGACGGAUUACCAAUCAUGUUAUUUACCUACGGAGUAGUCUAUAUUCACAGAAUAAUUAUUCAAUUGAGGUAUAAUACGGAUUACCAAUAAUGUUUGAUUAUUCUUUAUGUAACAUUAGGCUUGCAGUUAGCAUACAACUAUAGAGCUAUUAUUCCA